AUGUCUGGCCUUGGUAUUGCCACCAUACAAGGUAUAGUUAUUGAAGUGUGCAAAGCAAUUGUUAGCAAUGUAUGGGAUAGCUCUGUUACUGCUCAUUUUCCAUCAUCACAAGAACAUGUGAAAGAAAAAAUAAUGGACAUGGAAGAAAUAUGGCAAUUCCCAUGCUGCUGGGCAGCAGUAGAUGGUUGUCAUAUUUCUAUAAAAUGUCCUGAUGGGGGUGCUGAAGCUGCCAAAGAAUAUCACAACUUCAAGAAUUUUUAUUCUAUAGUUUUAAUGGGACUAGUUGAUGCCAAAUAUCGUUUUGUUUGGGCAAGUGUUGGGUUUCCAGGAAACACUCAUGAUGCCAUGAUUCUGCAGGCAACCCAGCUUUGGAAAGACAUUCAUGAAAAUAACAUUAUUCCUUUAAUUUCAAAGGAGAUUGGUAAAGUGGAAGUUUGUCCUCUUGUUGUGGCAGAUUCUGCAUUCCCUUUUACAUCAUGGAUCAUGAAGCCCUAUACAUGUGCUGUUCUCACACCAGAGCAAAGAUACUUCAAUUAUCGUUUAUCCCGUGCACGAAUGGUGACUGAAUGUGCUUAUGGGCAAUUGAAAGGACGGUUUAGAGUUUUGUUUAGGAAAUGCGAGUGCAACGAGCAAACAAUGAAAACAGUAACAUUGGCUUGUAUAGUGCUUCACAAUACUUGUAUUGAAUACAAUGAACCCUUCCCUCAGCAACUUGAUAUAGCUACUGAUGUAACAACAUUGGAACGGCGAGAUAGGGAGACUGUUCGGGAUCUACUAAACAUGCGCACAUGCGAAAAAGUUAAAGAUACCUCUGUUCAAGCAGGCAAAAUACGAGAAGCAUUAAAAGAAAAAUUGUGGAAAAAAAACAAGGACAUGGAGUGUGUUGAUAAAAUAGAUCCAUGA